CAAUAGACCUUAUGACUUUUUUUUUCUUUUGCAACAAGGAAGGGAAGAAACCAGUUGUUUUAGUUGUUUCCUAUAUUUCGACUCUAAGGGACGCUGUUGAUCAGCAAAACUGAGCCGAGAGGUGAAGCGAGAGCUGGAGAGAAAAAGGAGAGACAGCGUUCUCACUCAGCAUCUCUUCAUUAGACAUUCGGACCCAUCAAACAGUAGCUUGUUUUCUAUUGUUUUUUUCUCGCAUAGGCUCAGAUACUUUUAAUUCUAUCGUCCCUGUUAGGUAUUACUGGAUUAUUUCUCCCAACUGUAUUUUGAUCGAAAUAGAAUGGAGACACGCCAGCAUCUAUGCGGAAAAUGGCUGUUGCUUUGGACGCCCCUGGUGCUUUUCCUGAUUACUUCCAUCACCAACGGACAGAUUCGUUAUUCGAUACCAGAAGAGAUGAAGAAAGGUUCCCUCAUCGGCAACGUUGCACAAGACCUUGGGUUGGACGUGCGACGGCUGCGUUCGGGCCGGGCCCGCAUCGUCAGCGGAGAGAGGAGUCAGUACGCGGAGCUGAAGGCAGACAAAGGGAUUUUGGUUGUGAGUGAGAAAAUAGACCGGGAGGAGCUGUGUGGAGAGGUAGCGCCGUGCAGCUUCAGCUUGGAGAUCAUUUUAGAAAAUCCGAUCGAGCUGCACAGAGUCACAGUGGAGGUUCUGGAUGUAAAUGACCACGCUCCCACCUUUAAGAACAACGUGAUCCGUUUGGAAAUUAGUGAAUCUGCGACAAUAGGAUCUCACUUUGACUUGGAAAGCGCAUACGAUCCCGACGCGGGCAUCAACGGCCUGCAGAAUUACGUCCUCUCUCCUAACGAUCAUUUUGUUUUAAAGCAACACUCCAACGCGGAUGGAGUCAGAUUUGCUGUGAUGAUUUUACAGAAAGCGUUAGACAGAGAGCUGAAUCCGCACCUCUCCUUAAAGCUGAUAGCGGCGGAUGGAGGAGCUCCGCAGCGCUCCGGUACAGUAAAUGUUGAGAUCAGUGUUCUUGAUGCGAAUGAUAAUCCACCUAUAUUUAAUCAAUCGGUGUACAAAGCUGCUGUGUUAGAGAACGCCCACAUAGGCACACAUAUAACAACGGUAAAUGCGUCAGAUUCUGAUAGCGGCUCUAAUGGCCUAAUUACGUAUUCAUUUUCUAACGUGAAAGGGAAAGCAGCUGAAACUUUUCAAAUUGACAGUUUUUCUGGAAGAAUAACCGUAACUGAUAAUAUAGAUUAUGAAAAGGACAAAAAAUUUGAGAUGAGGGUGAUCGCCAAAGAUCAGGGGGGGCUGAGUGACGCGUCCAAAGUUGUUAUCGAAGUAAUUGACUCUAAUGAUAACGCACCAGUAAUUAAUAUCAUGUCUUUUUCGAGUAUAAUUUCAGAGGAUGUGGCUCCAGGUACAACUGUAGCUGUAUUUAACGUGAAGGAUGCAGAUUCUGAAAGAAACGGAAAAAUAACCUGCUCUAUUGAUUCAAAUCUUCCAUUUAAAAUCAAGUCCUCUCUAACGGAUUAUUACAAUUUGCUCUCAGAUGUAGCCUUUGACCGUGAAACCACACCUGAAUACAACAUAACCAUAACAGCUACGGAUUCAGGGGCUCUCCCACUUUCCACUCAAUCAUUUUUACAUCUGAAGAUAUCUGAUGUAAAUGACAAUGCCCCCAUUUUUACAAAAACUAAUUAUUUGGCGUCUGUUUUCGAAAACGAUUCGCCCGGUUUGUCAAUAUUAAGCGUUAGUGCACACGAUUCAGACUGGAAUCAAAAUGCAAGAACGUCGUAUUUUCUUGAGGAUGCAGAGAUUAGUGGUAGCCCAGUUUCUUCCUUUGUGUCGAUUAAUGCUGAAAGUGGAAUUGUAAAUGCAGUGAGGUCUUUUGACUACGAGCAGAUUAAACAGCUUGUGUUCACGGUGAGAGCGCAGGAUGGAGGCUCUCCUCCUCUCAGCAGCAAUGUGACUGUGAAAAUACUGAUCCAGGACCAGAACGAUAACCCCCCUCAGGUCCUGUACCCGGUCCAGACUGGAGGCUCCGUGGUGGCUGAGAUGGUGCCUCGUUCAGCAGAAGUGGGCUAUCUGGUGACUAAAGUGGUGGCUGUUGAUGUGGACUCUGGACAGAACGCCUGGCUCUCCUAUAAACUGCAGAAAGCCACAGACAGGGCGCUGUUUGAAGUGGGCUUACAGAAUGGAGAAAUCAGAACUAUCCGUCAAGUGACUGAUAAAGAUGCUGUGAAACAAAGACUGACUGUUAUAGUGGAGGACAACGGCCAGCCCUCUCGUUCAGCUACAGUCAUUGUUAACGUGGCGGUGGCGGACAGCUUCCCUGAAGUGCUGUCGGAGUUCACUGACUCUACACACGACAAGGAGUACAAUGACAACCUGACUUUUUACUUAGUCUUGGCUCUGGCUGUAGUUUCCUUCCUCUUCAUCACCUGUUUGGUGGUUAUCAUCUCAGUGAAAAUCUACAGAUGGAGACAGUCUCGCAUCCUGUAUCACUCCAGCCUCCCUGUCAUUCCAUAUUAUCCACCACGUUACUCAGACACGCUGGGGACAGGAACUCUCCAACAUGUGUACAACUACGAGGUGUGCAGGACCACUGACUCCAGAAAGAGUGACUGUAAGUUCGGCAGAGCUGCUAGUCAGAACGUGUUGGUAAUGGACCCCAGUUCUACAGGAACCAUGCAGAGGAUGCAGGGUGAGAAGAGCAUCCUGGAUGAGCUUGACUCUCCUUUAGAGGUUAGUGCGAAACAAAUUAAUUGAAAUUUGCUUGAAAGAGGCAAACAGAGCUAACCAAUGCAUAUUCAACUGCUAAUUUUCAUCAAUGGAACAGUACCUGAUUUUGAUACUCAUAAUGUAAGACGGAUGUGGAAAGAUUAACCACAACGAUUGUUGUAUAUAAUUCUAGAGGCCAGCCAUGAUUCCGUUUUCAUCCCAGGCAGUUCCAUCUUUUUUUUCACAGAAACAGGCUCUGUUUGUUCUACUUACAAAUGAUUCAUUUGGGUUCCUUCCUCAUUUUUCCAUAUGUUUUGACAAAAAGUCAGAGCAUACUGUGAAGUACUGAAUACAAGUUUAUUGUCAAAUGAGAGUACGCAAUAAUAAUUUUUCCCGAUAUAUUCAUAUUAUCAAGACUGAUGUUGCCUACUUGCCUUUAUACAGAGUACAUCC